ACAGUAUCCUUGGACGGAAAGUUUAAAUGUUGUCCUAUUGAAAAUCGUACAAUCCUGCAGUGCAUCACAUUGGACGUUUGCAAUUCAAUUCACCUCACUGUCACUUCUCAGCUGUCAGAUCAGAUAAUCGUGAAAAAUUAUUCCAGAGAAAGGAUCCAAGAUGUUCGCCCGUGCUGCUAACGUUACCCGCACCGGUAUGACCAAUCUGGUCCGAUACUCCCACUCGCACGGAGGAAUCCCUGGCGAGAACCUUCCGUUCGGCCUGACCAACCGGUACAAGCUGACCGCCAUGUUCAUCGUGUUCUUCGGUUCCGGACUGGGAGCUCCAUUCUUCGUUCUUAGACAUCAGCUGUUGAAGAAGUAAGAAGUGUCCAGUAGGCUUUGAACUGAUGGCCGGCACAAUCUGGCCUUCUUCAUCUGUUAGUGAGUUUAAACGAUAUGUUAUCCCGCAAAGGAUGAAGUAACACAAUAAAAUCAUCCAAAUCUGGUGCGCUAUAAAACACACAGCACACGUAAA